GCCCAAUCCUCAUCUCUGAGCUAUGCUAUGUUCACAUGAAAUUGGGUUCAUUACGUGUUUUGCUAUGCUUCAUUUGGUAGCUUUACCAGAAAACCAUGGCAACUUCCUGUGCUACGUCGACCUUCUCUCCUCUCCUCAACAAAUUAACUGGCAGAACCUCUAUGGCUAUGGUGGGUUUACUCUCUUAUGCUCCCAAAACCCUCACUCCGAUAUCUCCAACCAGAACCUUCAAUUUUAUAUCCCUCUCCACGCCAACGAAACCUCUUAAAAAGUCAUUUCAAGUGAGAGCAGUGGUUGCACCUACAGAAGCGGUUUCUGAGUUUGAUGAGAUGGUUUCUGGGACCAAAAGGAAGUACUACAUGUUAGGUGGGAAAGGAGGAGUUGGAAAAACAAGUUGUGCUGCUUCACUUGCUGUUAAAUUUGCAAACAGUGGCCAUCCUACUCUAGUGGUUUCCACUGAUCCAGCUCAUUCCUUGAGUGAUUCCUUUGCUCAGGAUUUGACUGGGGGAGCAUUAGUACCAGUUGAGGGACCUGAUUCUCCACUUUUUGCACUUGAGAUAAACCCGGAGAAAGCUAGGGAAGAAUUUCGGACUGCGGCUCAGAAUAAUGGUGGAACUGGGGUCAAAGAUCUCAUGGAUGGUAUGGGUCUUGGAAUGAUUGCAGAACAGUUAGGAGAGUUAAAACUUGGGGAACUGCUAGAUACACCUCCUCCUGGUCUGGAUGAAGCUAUUGCAAUCUCAAAGGUGAUACAAUUUCUUGAUUCACCAGAAUACAGCAUGUUUACUCGAAUAGUUUUUGAUACUGCGCCUACGGGUCACACAUUGCGACUUUUGUCCUUGCCAGAUUUCUUAGACCGAUCAAUAGGCAAGCUAUUGAAGCUUAAACAAAAAAUAUCUUCAGCCACCUCAGCCAUUAAAUCUGUUUUCGGCCAAGAACAGCCCAAGCAGGAUUCAACUGACAAACUGGAGCGAUUAAGGGAGAGGAUGAUCAAAGUGCGCGAGCUAUUUCGGGACACUGAUUCAACCGAAUUUGUUAUUGUAACAAUUCCCACGGUGAUGGCAGUUAGUGAAUCAUCUAGGUUGCAUGCCUCUUUAAUGAAGGAAGAUGUUCCUGUGAAAAGGUUGAUUGUUAAUCAGAUUCUUCCCCCAUCUGCUUCAGAUUGCAAGUUCUGUGCCAUUAAAAGAAAGGAUCAGAUGCGUGCUCUUGAUAUGAUAAGGAGUGAUCCAGAGCUCACCAAUUUGACAUUGAUCCAAGCACCACUAGUUGAUGUAGAGAUCAGAGGUGUUCCUGCUCUUAAAUUCCUAGGCGAUAUUGUUUGGAAAUAAUUAUCUCCAUACAAACUAAAUUAUCAAUCAACAAUAUAACGUUUUCUUUUUAAAGAGGAGAAAUUCAUUAUUCAUCUGCAGGAAGUUUUAAUUAUAAUGGUAAUAUGUAUUGUUAAUAAUCCAUAAUCAAAAGAAAAAAGAGGAGAAUGAAUACAAAACAAGAUAGAUUGAACA